UUACAUGAUUGGAUAGAAAAGGGUAUGAUAAAUCUUAAUCCUGAAUUUCAACGAGACGUCGUAUGGAAAGAAAUCAAACAAUCACACUUGAUCGACUCCAUCCUCAAGAAUUUUUACAUUCCUCCAGUUAUUUUUUCAUGCAAGAAAGUAGAUGAAAAUCGUUGGAUGCGAGUAUGUAUAGAUGGGAAGCAAAGAUUGACAUCGAUUAACAGAUUCAUGAGGAAUGAAAUACCUCAUUUAGCACCAUCUGAAAAAGCAGUUUCAAAACGUUACUUUAAGGGUCAUGACAGUGAAAAAUCAAUAUCUGACAAUGAGAGGGAGUUGUUUGAAUGUUCAGAAGUUGUGUGUAUUGAAUACUAUGAUCUCACACAAAUGCAAGAACGAGAAAUCUUUAGUCGCGUUCAACUUGGAAUUCCAUUGACUCCAGCUGAAAAACUUUGGGCAAUCGGUAGUACGAUGUCAGAUUUUUUGCAUAAAACUUAUGAAACUUAUCAAGUUAUUGCUCAAAUAAUGGAUACAAAACGUGGAAAAUUAUUUCAUAUUAUGGCACAAUUAUUUUUCAUUAUUGAGAAUGAACCGGAACGAUUCAAUGCAAGACCUAAAGUUAUUGAAGAAUAUUUGAGAAAUACUCUAGAAAUUUCUAAUAAUCUUCGAGAAACAAUUAAACGAGUUUUUGACACAAUAACAUUGCUGAUAGAAGCCGAUUCAGGCAUAUUUCAACAAAAUCACCGAUUAUCACCUAUUGAAUUCGUAUUCAUUUCAUGGAUUAUCGCCAAAAAUCCAAAUCAUUCAUUAGAGAAAUAUCAAGAAUGUUUACUUAAUAUGAAGAAAUAUGUAAGAGAGAAGCAUGAGGAUACACGGUUCAACGGAAAGGUUUAUUCAACACUGAAACAUUUCAUGGAUAAUCUCGACUUUGAAGAAUUUAAUGGAUCGUCUUUAAAAGACAAUGAGCCGGCCAAUAAACGGAUUAGAUCUAUGUGA